UGUGUCUGCGCAGUGGAAAGCUGCACCGGGGAGCUGCUGAGGGGCGCCGGUGUCAUGUGAAAGCGCACAUGCCCUGUCAGGCGCGCAGCCUCCCCUUCUUUUCUUCCUCCGCGUGUUUUUCCUAUUUUUAAUAACGUAACUCCUUUCCUUCCUCCUACCCUGUUUCGCCUCUAGCCACCCGCCGCCGCUCCGCGGCCCAGGCGUCCCCUGCAGGGGCUUCGCCGCGGGCGGGCGGGCGUGGGGCGCCUGCCAGGGAGGCGUGUGCCCGGCGGCGGGCAGCCUGCGGAGCCGCACCCCGCGGAGCCGCUUCGGAGGUUAUGUUUUUCCCGGCGGAGCAGAGCUGUGGAAGCUGCCGCCUCCGCGGGUGCUGAGACGGGAUUUUUGUGGUGCGGUUCCCGGGCUCCCAGCUUCAUGACUGCGCGGAGCGGGGAGCCAACACCAUGCGAGCACAAAUUGAAGUGAUACCAUGCAAAAUUUGUGGUGAUAAAUCCUCUGGAAUACACUAUGGAGUCAUCACAUGUGAAGGCUGCAAGGGAUUCUUUCGGAGGAGUCAGCAGAACAAUGCCUCCUACUCCUGCCCAAGGCAGAGAAACUGUUUAAUUGACAGGACCAACAGAAAUCGUUGCCAACACUGCCGACUGCAGAAAUGUCUCGCCCUGGGAAUGUCUCGAGAUGCUGUGAAGUUUGGAAGAAUGUCCAAAAAGCAGAGGGAUAGCUUGUACGCUGAAGUGCAGAAGCACCAGCAGCGACUGCAGGAACAACGGCAGCAGCAGAGUGGUGAGGCAGAAGCCCUCGCCAGGGUUUACAGCAACAGCAUCAGCAAUGGCUUGAGCAACCUGAAUAAUGAAACUGGCAGCACCUACUCAAAUGGGCACGUCAUCGACCUGCCAAAGUCUGAGGGUUAUUAUAAUGUGGAUUCUGCCCAGCCUUCUCCAGAUCAGUCUGGGUUAGACAUGACUGGAAUCAAACAGAUAAAGCAGGAACCUAUCUAUGACCUCACCUCUGUACCAAACUUGUUUACCUAUAGCUCUUUCAACAACGGGCAAUUAGCUCCAGGGAUAUCCAUGACUGAAAUAGAUCGAAUUGCACAGAAUAUCAUUAAAUCUCAUCUGGAGACAUGUCAAUACACAAUGGAAGAACUGCACCAGCUAGCAUGGCAGACCCACACAUAUGAAGAAAUUAAGGUUUACCAGAGCAAGACCAGAGAAGCUCUGUGGCAGCAGUGUGCGAUUCAGAUCACCCACGCUAUCCAGUAUGUGGUGGAGUUUGCAAAGCGCAUAACAGGCUUCAUGGAACUCUGUCAAAAUGACCAAAUUCUCCUCCUUAAGUCAGGCUGCUUGGAAGUGGUUUUGGUGAGAAUGUGCCGUGCCUUCAAUCCACUUAAUAAUACUGUUCUGUUUGAAGGGAAGUACGGAGGGAUGCAAAUGUUUAAAGCCUUGGGUUCUGAUGAUCUGGUAAAUGAAGCAUUUGACUUUGCAAAGAAUUUAUGUUCCUUGCAGCUGACUGAGGAGGAGAUUGCCUUGUUUUCAUCUGCUGUUCUGAUUUCACCAGAUCGAGCAUGGUUAAUAGAGCCUAGGAAGGUCCAGAAGCUUCAGGAAAAGAUUUACUUUGCACUUCAACAUGUGAUCCAGAAGAACCACCUCGAUGAUGAGACUUUGACAAAGUUAAUAGCCAAGAUACCAACCAUUACUGCACUUUGCAACUUGCACGGAGAGAAGCUACAGGUAUUUAAGCAGUCUCAUCCAGAUAUAGUGAACACACUGUUUCCUCCAUUAUACAAGGAGCUUUUCAAUCCAGACUCAACUACUGGCUGCAAGUGAAGGGGAUAAUGAGAGUUUUCACGUAGUCAUGGAAUGCAUCACUCUUAAGACAAAAAGAAAUGUUUUCAUGAAGAACUUACUAAAAAUGUCACUACUGCAACACUAGGAAUGUCCUGCACUUAAUAGAAAUAUUUUUCACCGCUACAGUUUGAAGAAUGUAAAUAUGCAACUAUGAGUGGGGAUGUCUUUUUUCUCCUUUCUUUGUUUUGUUGGGG